CCCUGGGCGGCCACGCCGUGGCGCGCUGGUUCCCCGGUCACAUGGCCAAGGGGCUGAAGAAGAUGCAGAGCAACCUAAAGCUGGUCGACUGUAUCAUCGAGGUCCAUGAUGCCCGGAUAUCCUUUGGUGGUUGUGGUGUGGGAUUUAUUGUAAGAAAUAUGUACUUGGGUUUUGCCCCUGUUCCUGCGACAGAGCUCCUGGAACCCUUGGAAUUUCUCGAGAUGGGAGUGAAAAAGGUGUCUUUUGUUAUGUUAAUGAGAUGACUUUUUGGAAAGGCCCCAGGUCAGUAAGGGUAGGGGCUGCUUGCCACAGGAACGGACCCUGAUAUCCGGACCCUGAUAUCCGAGGGUUGGAACUUUCAGUUUUACCCCCUGACCUCUGGGAGGGGAUGGGGCUGGAGUCUGAAUUGAUAGCCAGUGGCCAUGAUUUAAUCAAUCGUACCUGUGUAAUGAAACCUCCGUUAAAACCCAAAAGGAUGGGGUUCGAAGAGCUUCCAAAGGGGUGAACAGGUGGAGAUUCUGCACAUGGAGAUUGGGCUGCACCUGGAGAGGGCAUGGAGGCUUGGAGCCCUUUCCCACAUGCCUUGCCCUAUAUGCUCUUCCAUUUGGCUAUUUCUGAGUUAUCCCACUUUCAGGCCGCAACCCUCUGUUUCAGGAAACCCUCGGGCUUAAGCCUCACUUGCUUGUCCUCAACAAAAUGGACUUGGCAGAUCUGAAAGAACGGCAGAAAAUUAUACGACACUUAGAAGGAGAAGGCCUGAAAAAUGUUAUUUUUACCAACUGUGUGAAGGAUGAGAAUGUCAAGCAGAUCAUCCCUAUGGUCACGGAAUUGAUUGGGAGCAGCUACCGCUAUCACCGAGGAGAGAGCCUGGAGUACUGCAUCAUGGUCAUCGGGGUCCCCAACGUGGGCAAGUCCUCACUCAUCAACUCCCUGCGGAGACAGCACCUCAGGAAAGCCCCCUUCUGUCCUGCAGGAAAAGCUACCAGGGUGGGCGGCGAGCCUGGGAUCACCAGGGCUGUGAUGUCCAGAAUUCAGGUGUGUGAGCGGCCGCUGAUGUUCCUGCUGGACACCCCUGGGGUGCUGGCGCCCCGGAUCGAAAGCGUGGAGACAGGCCUAAAGCUGGCCCUGUGUGGAACUGUGUUGGACCACCUGGUCGGGGAGGAGACCCUGGCUGACUACCUCCUCUACACCCUCAACCGGCAUGAGCUCUUUGGAUCCCAGUUUGCAUCUGAUGAUGUCUUCCUUUGUCUGAGUACUUGCUUUAACAUUCGUUGUCAUGCUGGUGACGAAGUCUGGGAUUUGCGUGUCUGGAGGUGUCUUGAUCUCGCCUUCGUUCUUGGAAGAUACCUGCCGUGUGUGUAUGCUCCUGGACUGGCAGUCUUGGUCAGCGCUGGAUCAUCCUCUUCUGCAGUGUCUCGUCUACUGUUCACCCUUCCAGAGUGUGUUUCAUGGUGUCCCCUUUGGAGGUACGUGCAGCACUACGGCCUGGGCGAGGCCUGUGAUGACAUCGUGAGUGUGCUGAAGCGCGUGGCCGUGAAACUGGGGAAGACGCAGAAGGUGAAGGUGCUGACAGGCACAGGUGACGUGAAUGUCAUCCAGCCAAACUACCCCGCGGCAGCCCGUGACUUCCUCCGCACCUUCCGCAGUGGGCUGCUUGGCCCGGUGAUGCUGGACCGGGACACUCUGCAGAGCCACCCCUCGGCAGGGGCCCAGGGCCACCGCCCUGCUGAGACGGACCCCUGAACUGGCCCAGCCAGCGAGGGCCUCACUCCUGCCCAGUCCUCGGCACCAGAGAUGUGUGGUGUCCAGACCUUCGUGGCCAGAGGUCUGAACUCAGGACUCCCUUUCCAGAAGCUCUGUGCUGGUCACUGUACACCAGGUCUCCGCUCCAGGAAGGAGCCAGCUCUCCUGUUGCGCCAUGGCUGGGCUAGCUCCUGGGUACGGGGGACUGUGCCUGGGUGUGAACGUCAGGGUGGCCGAUGUCCCUGAGUGGUCCCACAGCCUGGCCUGGCAGGGAGGCUGUCUCAUGCUCAGUGUCCCUUAAGGAGAACUGAUGUCGUCUCAGAAGGAGUUGAAGCUAUAAUCUGUAAUUUUUAAAAUUUAAAUUAAAAGACCUGUCUGUGC